AUGGAUGUCUUCUGCAUGAACAAAAAUGUGGUGUUUGAAAUGAGACUUAUUGCAUCUUGCUGUGUUCUUGGAAUGGUUUUCAGUCUCCUACAGUUCACAUUAGACACUUGGGGAACAACAGCCAGGGGUUGGAGAGUGAUUCGAAAAAAUGCAACUGGAGACAUACUUGCAGUGCUUUUAUGUGUCACCAUCAUGGUUGUUUGUUACAUGGUUGUCCUGGAAGUAGAAAAUAAUGAAGCAAAGCCUGGAGAAACAAUCAAGGUUUCAUUGAAUAUUGCCUUUUAUCUUGUUGUUGGAGCUGGUGUUAAUGCAGUGAUAGCCACAACUCUGAACCUAUUGCAAUGCACCUGUGAAAAGAAAGAUUCUGACUCUGACAAUGAACUGGUUAUGGAGUUGAUGUAUGAUGACCUUCCUGUAGAUCUUGAGCUACCCCCUAUGCCCCCUGCCUAUGAUUUGUGAGCUUGUUUUGCUCUUUAUUGAAUGUGGAACUGACAAAGGCUAGGGCUGACAAAAUGAAAUGUUUUGCAUUUAAAUGCUGUUACUUGGAUGAUCAAUUAGAUUGAUUGUUGAGGUUUAGGUCUUAUGUUGUCUUUGCUUAUUUUCAAAAUGCAGCAUGAAAUGACAAAAGCUAUGUGCCAUAUGAAAAAUAUUUGCUAUUUGAAUAAAAUAUGCAAAUCUUCAAGUUGAAAUGUACUCUGUGAGUAUAAAAUGUAGAAAGGAUUGUAUAUAGCAAAAUCAAUACUGGCAAAACAAGAUGGAGCUACUUUCAUGAUUUUGAAUCGAAAAUUCAUAUCUGACAAUGUUGAAUGAAAAGGUUGGCACUUCCCAAAGUCAUCUGUCUGUUUAAUUUAUGUUACUGGUUGUGAUAAAUUGUUGAUAGUUGUAAAUUUUUCAUUAAAUGUGACAUUUUGUAUGUGCUUUUUCAUAUAUUUGAAUGUUUUUUGCACGUUGAUGGUAGUUGAAAAAAUUAAAUAAUACAGGCACUAGCAUUUUGCAGGCAUUUUUAAUAGGAAACUGCUAAGAGCCCUUGCAAUUUCUUUGUUUUGUACCUGGGGACACUUAGUUACCUCAUUGUGCAGGGACACGCUAGGCUAGAUAAUGAUACAAUGCCUUGCUAAAGAGGAGCAUAUUAUGAAAAAGGUACCCAUUUUGAGCCUGUUUGGUAAGUUUGCAACCCAUCUACUGAAAUCCUUAUGGUCUAUAUUGCCCUCUAUCAAAUUUUGAAGGAUUCAAAAAGGCAACUGUCUGAAAUUUUUGAUCAAAAAUCGACCAAGUAUAUACCUAAGCACAUCCCCUUUUGCAUUCUGCCCACUACAGAAUUCCUUAUUGCAACUGUUUUCUUUUGGAACUUGUGAUUUGAUGUUACUGGAAAAUGUCUGCAAUAAGUUGCAGUUUCUACAGAGAGUAGAUUGCAUAAAUUGCCUUUUGCAACAAAGUUAUAAAGUCAAACAAGUGCUAAAUUGAGUGUUUUUCAUAAGUCUUGUACAGAAGCAGCAAGGGAUGGUUUUUACAACCAUUUAUCCAUAUAGGGUACUUCUUUAAUUGGAAGACUUGUGCCUUGGAAGGUGAAGCUUAGCCUGUUUAAAAAAAAUAUUGUAGAAACUGGAUUUCUUUCAAUUUUGACUGUUAAUGUGUGCCUGAAAUUGGCUACAUGUGGGUUUGUUGUUUUCUUGGCUCUUUAUAUCAAAUUGUACAUAGACUUUUCUUAGAAUAUUAAUUCAGCUUUAGCAUUUUGUACUGAAAAUGAUAUAUUAUUAAAAACAGAGUUGGGAAA